GGUCAGACAGCGGGAAGCGGCAGUGGUGGAGGGGAUGGCCAGGCGAACCCAGAGUACAUAGCCUUCGUUCUGGUGCCCAUCUUCUUGCUCCUGGGUCUGCUGGGUGUCCUUAUCUGCCACGUGCUUUAGAAAAGGGAUACCGCUGUACCACAGAGGCCGAAGAUGAGGCCGAAGAAGAAGCAAGAGAAGGACCUGGAGAUGUGCGCAGGUGAGGAGGAUGAGAUGAAGAUGUAGCGAUUUUUCUCAUUAGGGGUUCAUAUGCAACAGAGGGAGUUCCGUCUCAACUGGGGUGUAAACUCACAAGACAUGACCCUCUGUACACAACAAGACUCAUCACCAAAUUGUGCAGUAAUCUGUGCUUACUGACAGGAAGUUUCUGUUCUAAAGUCACCAGUUUGCUAGUCCCUUUGACUUGGCUGUGCGAGUAAAAAAAAAAAAUGUAUUGGUCGCACUGGUGCGAGCUGCACAUUCUACCUGGUCACCUCAAUCAAAACGUCUUAUUUUUUGUGCGGAUAAAACCAUUAAUUUAUUAAAAAGUGCAUUAUCCUUAUGAUUCCUGUAAUAAAAGUGUCUGCCCUGCGCCUGCCUGUUUCACUGAGACUGGCUGCUGUAAUGAGCGAGCGUCUCACACUGUCGUGUGCCCCUUGUGAUUGUAUAACAUAUAUUAUAGAGAAGAGGGUCUCCGCUUUCUGUAGGUAUCAUUUUUAUUUCUCAAUGAUCAUUAUUGAGCUCAAAGCACACUGUUUUACAAUCAAGAUAUCUGAUAUGGCUUUGAAAUAUGUAGCGUGCACUAGGCCUCAUUGCAAAGUUUUUUUAGGACAUUACGUUUACUGUUCGAUUAAUACAUGGCUAUACUAGCAAUAAGUGUUACAUUUCUAGUUAGCGAUCUAACCAUGUGUUUUGAGUUUCCACUUCCUCAGGUGGUGAAUUAGCACCAAUUGAAUUAUGCCUAUAUAUAAUAUUAGUGCACAUAUAGAUGAAGGCACAAAAUCAUCUCUAUUGAACAAAAAAAUCUGGAAAUUCUGUUCCCCUAUUUUGACAAUCAAAUAUAUAAAAUAAAAAAUAGCCUGAUUGUCAACCCAAAAUUCAUGAAGUUGCAUAUCAAAAUAAUUUGAAUCAUGCAUUCUUGCUUGGACAUGUUAGAUGUAAAACUUAUUUAUUGAAUACCAUCUCAGAAGUUUAUUACACGUCUUAAUAAAGCUUUGUGAAUGACUUUAUAAGAUGACUCAAAUGUAUUCUAUUGUGUGAAGCUGCAAAAUUGUUGAGGGUGCCACCAAAUCAGGGGCCAGUGCCACCAACUGAAAAGGUUAGUGGCACCAGUGCCACCAGGGGAAAAUGUUAGUCUGGAGCCCUACCGGUGACCCUACCAUGUAGCUCAGUUGGUAGAGCAUGGUGUUUGCAACGCCAGGGUUGUGGGUUCGAUUCCCACGGGGGGCCAGUAUGAAAAAUGUAUGCAUUCACUAACUGUAAGUCACUCUGGAUAAGAGCGUCUGCUAAAUGACUAAAAUGUAAAUGUAAAAUGGAAUUAUACAUUGAACAAGGUACCUUUUUCUUAACCUCUAUGGUCUACUCAUGCCCAAGGUCUAUUGGGAAAAACAUCUGUGAAUUCUAUUAAUUUAGGUUCCAAAUUGGAUGUUCUUUGUAAACACUUUCACUACUAGAACAUUAGCUUAUUGGUUAGUGCACUGUUUAGAUCCCCCACCCCACCUUAGUCAAGUUGGUUUGUCUUGAGUUUCACAUUAUGUGGAUAAGGCUAAGUGACGGAAGGGAGAUCAGGGUCAUGAUACAUAUAACAAAAGCGAAAGACUUACUCCCACCUUCUCCUAUGCAAAUGGAGUAAUGGACCAUUCCAGUGUUCUACUGUAUAUGGUAAGAAACAGUACACUACAUGACCAAAAGUAUAUGGACACCUGCUCGUCGAACAUCUCAUUCCAAAAUCAUGGGUCUUAAUAUGGAGUUGGUCCCCCCUUUGCUGCUAUAACAGCCUCCACUCUUCUAGGAAUGCUUUCCACUAGAUGUUGGAACAUUGCUGCGGGGACUUGCUUCCAUUCAGCCAUAAGAGCAUUAGUGAGGUCGGGCACUGAUGUUGGGCGAUUAAGCCUGGCUCACAGUUGGUAUUCCUAUUCAUCCCAAAGGUGUUCGAUGGGGUUGAGGUCAGGGCUCAGUGCAGGCCAGUCAAGUUCUUCCACAUCAAUCUCGACAAGCCAUUUCUGUAUGGACCUUGAUUUGUGCACAGGAGCAUUGUCAUGCUGAAACAGGAAAGGGCCUUCCCCAAACAGAAUCGUCUAGAAUGUCAUUGUAUGCUGUAGUGUUAUGAUUUCCCUAGCCCGAACCAUGAAAAACAGCCCCAGACCAUUAUUCCUCCUCCACCAAACCUUACAGUUGAGACUAUGCAUUGGGGUAGGUAGCGUUCUCCUGGCAUCCGCCAAACCCAGAUUAGUCCGUAGGAUUGCCAGAUGGCUGAGCCGUUGUUUGCGCCUAGACGUUUUCACUUCACAAUAACAGAACUUACAGUUGACCGUGGCAGCUCUAGCAGGGCAGAAAUUUUACGAACUGAGGUGGCAUCCUAUGACAGUCCCACGUUGAAAGUCACUGAGCUUUUCAGCAAGGCCAUUCUACUGCCAAUGUUUGUCUAUGGAGAUUGAAUGGCUGUGUGCUCGAUUUCAUACAACUGUCAGCAACGGGAUGUGGCUGAAAUAGACAAAUCUUCUUCCUGUCUCUACCCACCUAUUAGAGCCAUUGACAUAAAAAUGUAUGCCUCGUCUCUCGUAAUGGAGGCUGAGAUUGCAGUCUUUGUAAGGGAUAAAGACUUCGUAUAUCAUCAUCAGGCAAUCUCGCUCUAUUAAGACUCUGACUCACACAAUGUCACCCAAUGAGAGUGAAUCAAUGGCACUGUACUGGUGCUGUCAGUAUAUUUCCUGGGCUUGCUGACUCCACUAUCUACUUUCACCUAUGACUACAGAAUGGAGAGGUUUCUCGACCAGGACUAUGGGAAUUCCCAUUAGGUUUGUCCCUACAGAGGUUGGGCCUCUCCUGUAAUGUCUGAAACCUCUCAUUGUUUAGGGACAAAAGAGUUGUAAACAACCCUGUUUAUUUUUCACUACACUUCCUUCAUCAACUCUGAAUCAACCAGUCCACUAUAUCCUCCAUUUAAGGACUGUCAUGUUGCCAUCGUUCCCUGUUAAUGGCCCCCUCUUUUUUAUUUAUCCUCUGAACCACUAAGUGGCAGGUAGCUUAGUGGUUAAGAGUGUUGUGCCAGUAACUGAAAGGUUGCUGGUUCUGAUCCCCGAGCUGACUAGGUGAAAAAUCUGUCGAUGUGCCCUUGAGCAAGGCAAUUAACCCUAGUUGCUCUGGAUAAGAGUGUCUGCUAAAUGACUAAAAUCUAAAUGAAAUGAUAUCUUUAGGCAAAUCCCAAAUUGUCCCCUAAACCCUACACCUGGGAUCAUCAACUAGAUGCAGUCGCGGGACAAUUUUUCUCUUGAGCGGAUGGUCAGGGGGCCGGAACAAAUUUACAAAUAAUUUGUAGACUACAAAUUGACCGCAAGAAGCCCAAACAGAUAUAUUUGACUAAAACAUAAUUUAAAACCUUGCUUACAUUUGUAUACGAUCACAUACCGUUGAAGUCGGAAGUUUACAUACACUUAGGUUUGAGUCAUUAAAACUCAUUUUUCAACCACUCCACACAUUUCUUGUUAACAAACUAUAGUUUUGACAAGUCGGUUAGGACAUCUACUUUGUGCAUAACACGUAAAUGUUCCAACAAUUGUUUACAGACAGAUUAUUUCACUUAUAAUUCACUGUAUCACAAUUCCAGUGGGUCAGAAGUUUACAUACACUAAGUUGACUGUGCCUUUAAACAGCUUGGAAAAUUCCAGAAAAUGAUGUCAUGGCUUUAGAAGCUUCUGAUAGGCUAAUUGACAUCAUUUGAGUCAAUUGGAGGUGUACCUGUGGAUGUAUUUCAAGGCCUACCUUCAAACUCAGUGCCUCUUUGCUUGACAUCAUGGGGAAAUCAGCCAAGACCUCAGAAAAAAAAUUGUAGACCUCCACAAGUCUGGUUCAUCCUUGGGAGCGAUUUCCAAACACCUGAAGGUACCGCGUUCAUCUGUACAAACAAUAGUACGCAACUAUAAAAACCAUGGGACUACGCAGCCAUCAUACCGCUCAGGAAGGAGACGCGUUCUGUCUCCUAGAGAUGAGCAUACUUUGGUGCGAAAAGUGCAUAUCAAUCCCAGAACAACAGCAAAGGACCUUGUGAAGAUGCUGGAGGAAACAGGUACAAAAGGGCUAUAUCCACAGUAAAACGAGUCCUAUAUCGACAUAACCUGAAAGGCCGCUCAGCAAGGAAGAAGCCACUGCUCCAAAACCGCCAUAUUAAAGCCAGACUACAGUUUGCAACUGCACAUGGGGACAAAGAUCGUACCUUUUGGAGAAAUGUCCUCUGGUCUGAUGAAACAAAAAUAGAACUGUUUGGCCAUAAUGACCAUCGUUAUGUUUGGAGGAAAAAGGGGGAUGCUUGCAAGCCGAAGAACACCAUCCCAACCGUGAAGCACGGGGGUGGCAGCAUCAUGCUGUGGGGGUGCUUUGCUGCAGGAGGGACUGGUGCACUUCACAAAAUAGAUGGCAUCAUGAGGAAGGAAAAUUAUGUGGAUAUAUUGAAGCAACAUCUCAAGACAUCAGUCAGGAAGUUAAAGCUUGGUCGCAAAUGGGUCUUCCUAAUGGACAAUGACCACAAGCAUACUUCCAAAGUUGUGGCAAAAUGGUUUACAAAGCCCUGACCACAAUCCUAUAGAAAUGUUGUGGGCAGAACUGAAAAAGUGUGUGCGAGCAAGGAGGCCUACAAACAAGACUCAGUUACUCCAGCUCUGUCAGGAGGAAUGGGCCAAAAUUCACCAAACGUAUUGUGGGAAGCUUGUGGAAGGCUACCCAAAACGUUUGACCCAAGUUAAACAAUUUAAAGGCAAUGCUACCAAAUAGUAAUUGAGUGUAUGUAAACUUCUGACCCACUGGGAAUGUGAUGAAAUAAAUAAAAGCUUAAAUAAAUAAUUAUCUCUACUAUUAUGCUGACAUUUCACAUUCUUAAAAUAAAGUGGUGAUCCUAACUGACCUAAGACAGGGAUUUUUUACUAAGAUUAAAUGUCAGGAAUUGUGAAAAACUGAGUUUAAAUGCAUUUGGCUAAGGUUUAUGUAAACUUCCGACUUCAACUGUAUACUUUGGAACAGAUUUCCUAAAUUUGUAUCACUUGGAGCUGAUUUGCUGGUGUUUAGUCAUUUCAAAACACGUUAUCCCCAUGUUUAUGUGGUUUGUGUGAUUAUGCAAUAGCUGUCCAUGCACACAAGUGUCUUAUUCUGAAAACAGGAAGUUCACCUUAAUGUGUCACACGGUCACCGAAAGACCCCAUACUGUGUGUGUGUGUGUUCCACGCAGGCACAUGUAUCUGUCUACCUGAGUGUCAUUCAUCCUUUAAUGUAAGGGAAGGGAUGUACACUACCAGUCAAAAGUUUUAAAACACCUACUCAUUCAAGGGUUUUUCUUUAUUUUUACUAUUUUCUACAUUGUAGAAUAUUAGUGAAGACAUCAACACUAUGAAAUAACACAUAUGGAAUCAUGUAGUAACCAAAAAAGUGUUAAACAAAUCAAAAUAUAUGUUAUAUUUGAGAUUCUUCAAAUAGACACCCUUUGCCUUGAUGACAGCUUUUGCACACUCUUGGCAUUCUCUCAACCAGCUUUAUGAGGUAGUCACCUGGAAUGCAUUUCAAUUAAGAUGUGUGCCUUCUUAAAAUUUAAUUUGUGGAAUUUCUUUCCUUCUUAAUGCGUUUGUGCCAAUCAGUUGUGUUGACAAGGUAGGGGGGGUAUACAGAAGAUAGCCCUAUUUGGUAAAAUACCAAGUCUAUAUUAUGGCAAGAACAGCUCAAAUAAGCAAAGAGAAACGACAGUCUAUCAUUACUUUAAAACAUGAAGGUCAGUCAAUACGGAAAAUGUCAAGAACUUUGAACGUUUUUUCAAGUGCAGUCGUAAAAAAACAUCCAGCGCUAUGAUGAAACUGGCUCUCAUGAGGACUGCCACAGGAAUGGAAGACCCAGAGUUACCUCUGCUGCAUUCAUUAGAGUUACCAGCCUCAGAAAUUACAGCCCAAAUAAAUGUUUCACAGAGUUCAAGUAACAGACACAUCUCAACAUAAACUGUUCAGAGGAGACUGUGUGAAUCAGGCCUUCAUGGUCGAAUUGCUGCUAAGAAACCACUACUAAAGGACACCAAUAAGAAGAAGAGAUUUGCUUGGGCCAAAAAUCAAUAGCAAUGGACAUUAGACUUCCUGCUCUGAUUACUCUUGGUAAUAUAGGUCUACAGUGAGUCAACAAGCCCAGGAAAUGUAUUGACAGCACCAGUACAGUGCCAUUGAUUCACUCUCAUUAGGUGACAUUCUGUGAGUCAGAGUCUUAAUAGAGCCAGAUUGCCUGACUCAAAGCCUUGACCCGCUCAAGUGGCAUGCUGCAGAUGAGAUAGGGUGCAGGCCAGGCAGCAGGCUUUUAGCCAGCCUGCCAGCUUAGUGGAGUCUGCCACUAGUACAGUCAGUGUAGUCAGCUCAGCUAUCCCCAUUGAGACUGUGUCUGUGCCUCGAUCUAGGUUGAGCAAAACUAAACAUGGCUGUGUUUGCCUUAGUAAUCUCACUAGAAUAAAGACCUCCUCCAUUUCUGUCAUUAUUUAAAGAGAUUGUGAUAUCUCACAUCUCAAAAUAGGGCUACUUAAUGUUAGAUCCCUCACUUCCAAGGCAGUUAUGGUCAAUGAACUAAUCACUGAUCAUAAUCUUGAUGUGAUUGGCCUGACUGAAACAUGAUUUAAGCCUGAUGAAUUUACUAUGUUAAAUGAGGCCUCUCCUCCUGGUUACACUAGGGACCAUAUCCCCCGCGCAUCCCGCAAAGGCGGAGGUGUUGCUAACAUUUACGACAGCAAAUGUCAAUUUACCCCCCAAAAAAUGACUGCGUUUUCGUCUUUUGGGAUUCUAGUCAUGAAAUCUAUGCAGCCUACUCAAUCACUUUUUAUAGCUACUGUUUAACAGGCCUCCUGGGCCGUAUACAGAGUUCCUCACUGAGUUCCCUGAAUUCCUAUCGGACCUUGUAGUCAUGGCAGAUAAUUUUUGUUGACUUUAAUAUUCACAUGGAAAAGUCCACAGUCCCACUCCAAAAGGCUUUCGGAGCCAUCAUCGACUCAGUGGGUUUUGUCCAACAUGUCUCCGGACCUACUCAUUGCCACAAUCAUACCCUAGAUCUAGUUUUGUCCCGUGGAAUAACAUUGUGGAUCUUUAUGUUUUUCCUCAUAACCCUGGACUAUCGGACCACCAUUUUAUUACGUUUGCGAUCGCAACAAAUAAUCUGCUCAGAGCCCAACCAAGGACUAUCAAAAGCCGUGCUAUAAAUUCUCGGACAACCCAAAGAUUCCUAGAGGCCCUUCCAGACUCCCUCCACCUACUCAAGGACGUCGGAGUACAAAAAUCAGUUAACGACCUAACUGAGGAUCUUAAUUUAACCUUGUGUAAUGCCCUAGAUGCAGUCGCACCCCUAAAAACAAAAAAAACAUUUGUCACAAGAAACUAGCUCCCUGGUAUACAGAAAAUACCCGAGCCCUGAAGCAAGCCUCCAGAAAAUUGGAACGUAAAUGGCGCUCCACCAAACUGGAAGUCUUCCUCCUAGCUUGGAAAGGAAGUACAGAGCAAUAUCGAAGAGCCCUCACUGCUGCUCGAUCAUCCUAUUUUGCCAACCUAAUUGAGGAGAAUAAGAACAAUCCAACAUUUCUAUUUGAUACUGUCGCAAAGCUAACUAAAAAGCAGCAUUCCCCAAGAGAGGAUGCCUUUCACUUCAGCAGUGAUGAAUUCAUGAACUUCUUCGACGAAAAGAUCAUGAUCAUUAGAAAGCAAAUUACGGACUGAAUCUGAAUUUGCAUAUUUCUCCAAAGCUCAGCUGUCCUGAGUCUGCACAAAACUGCCAGGACCUAGGAUCAAUGGAGACACUCACGUUUUUUAAUCCUGUAUCUCUUGACACAUUCAUGAAAAUAGUCAUGGCCUCUAAACCUUCAAGCUGCAUACUGGACCCUAUUCCAACUAAACUAUUGAAAGAGCUACUUCCUGUGGUUGGUCCUUCUAUUUUGAACAUAAUAAAUGGCUCCCUAUCCACUGGAUGUGUACCAAACUCACUAAAAGUGGCAGUAAUAAAGCCUCUCUUGAAAAAGCCAAACCUUGACCCAGAAAAUGUAGAAAACUAUCAGCCUAUAUCGAAUCUCCCAUUCCUCUCAACAUUUUUAGAAAAAGAUGUUGUGCAGCAACUCACUGCCUUCCUGAAGACAAAGAAUGUAUACGAAACACUUCAGUCUUGUUUUAGACCCCAUCAUAGCACUGAGACCAAACUCGUGAAGGUGGUAAAUUACUUUUUUUUAAUGCCGUCAGACCAAGGCUCUGCAUCUGUUCUCGUGCUCCUAGAUCUUAGUGCUGCAUUUGACACCAUCGAUCACCACAUUCUUUUGGAGUGAUUGGAAACCUUAAUUGCUCUACACAGACAAGUUCUUGCCUGGUUUAGAUCUUAUCUGUCGGAAAGAUAUCAAUUUGUCUCUGUGGAUGGUUUGUCCUCUGACAAAUCAAUUGUAAGUUUCGGUGUUCCUCAAGGUUCCGUUUUAGGACCACUAUUGUUUUCACUAUACAUUUUACCUCUUGGUGAUGUCAUUCAGAAACACAAUGUUAACUUUCAUUGCUAUGCGGAUGACACACAGCUCUACAUUUCGAUGAAACACGGUGAAGCCCCAACAUUGCCUACACUAGAAGCAUGUUUCAUAAGGAAGUGGAUGGCGGCAAAUGUUUUACUUUUAAACUCGGACAAAACAGAGAUGCAAGUUCUAGGUCCCAAGAAACUAAGAGAUCUUCUGUUGGAUCUGACAAUUAAUAUUGAUGGUUGUACAGACGAACAUAUCAAUAAUAUUUCAAGGACAGCUUUUUUCCAUCUUCGUAACAUUGCAGAAAUCAUUAACCUUUCAUCCAAAAAUGAUGCAGAAAAGCUAAUCCAUGCUUUUGUCACUUUUAGAUUAGACUACUGCAAUGCUCUACUCUCCGGCUACCCGGAUAAAGCACUAAAUAAACUAAAAAAUUUGAUCGUAUUACUCCAGCGCUAGCCUCUCUACACUGGCUUCCUGUUAAGGCUAGGGCUGAUUUCAAGGUUUUACUGCUAACCUACAAAGCAUUACAUGGGCUUGCUCCUACCUAUCUCUCUGAUAUUGUCCUGCCGUACAUACCUACACGUACGCUACGGUCACAAGAUGCAGGCCUCCUUAUUGUCCCUAGAAUUUCAAAGCAAACAGCUGGAGGCAGGGCUUUCUCCUAUAGAGCUCCAUUUUUAUGGAAUGGUCAGCCUAUCCAUGUGAAAGACGCAGACUUGGUCUCAACCUUUAAGUCGUAACUGAAGACUGAUCUCUUCAGUAGGUCCUAUGAUUGAGUGUAGUCUGGCCCAGGGGUGCGAAGGUGAACGGAAAGGCACUGGAGCGACAAACCGCCCUUGCUGUCUCUGCCUGGCUGGUUACUGUCUCUCCAUUGGGAUUCUCUGCCUCUGACCCUAUUAAGGGGGCUGAGUCACUGGCUUACUGGUGCUUUCCAUGCCGUCCCUCGGAAGGGUGCAUCACUUGAGUGGGUUGAGUCACUGACGUGAUCUUCCUGUCUGGUUUGUCGCUCCCUCGGGCUCGUGCAGUGGAGGAGAUCUUUGUGGGCUAUACUCAGCCUUGUCUCAGGGUAGUAGGUUGGUGGUCUGUUGAUAUCCCUCUGGUGGUGUGGGGGCUGUCCUUUGGCAAAGUGGGUAGGGUUAUAUCCUGCCUGGUUGGCCCUGUCCGGGGGUAUCGUCGGACGGGGCCACAGUGACAUUUACUCCUGAUGUACUGACCUGUUGCAACCUCUACAACCACUUUGAUUAUUAUUUGACCCUGCUGGUCAUCUAUGAACGUUUGAACAUCUUGGAGAAAGAUCUGGCCUUAAUGGCCAUGUACUGUUAUAAUCUCCACCCACAGCCAGAAAGGGCCACCCCUCAGAGCCUGGUUCCUCUCUAGGUUUCUUCCUAGGUUUCUGCCUUUCUCUGGAAUUGUUCCUAGCCACCGUGCUUCUACAUCUGCAUUGCUUGCUGUUUGGGGUUUUAGUCUGGGUUUCUGUAUAGCACUUUGUGACAUCUGCUGAUGUAAAAAUGGCUUUAUAAAUACAAUUUGAUUGAUUGAAAUUUGAUGUACUGCACAAUCUGUACAAACCCUUCAGGGACCUAAUACUGAUUAAUACUCUCCUUCCUUCCAUUCAGAUCAGACAGGCGCUUAUAGCGUGUUGAAAUGCCCUCUGGCCAGGCAUACGAUGAUAAGCGAUAAUAAGGUAGGAUUAUACUGUAGUGUACAGUCAUAGUUAGUGGGCCAAUCGUCUUAUUUUAACUGGUUAGAGGAAACAGGACCUACACAUGGUCUUUUGACGAAAGUGACUCAGAUGUUUCCACACAUCUGUCAUCAUAUCUAUUUAGUUAGUGUCAACUGAAGCUAUACUUCUACUUCUGUGUCCUUGAAGCACUUUGGAGUUUGCCCUCAUAAUUUAUUGUAGUUCAUUAUACUGAAGAAAAAUAUAAACGCAACAUGCAACAAUUUCAAAGAUACAGUUCACAUGAGGAAAUCAGUCAAUUGAAAUAAAUUCAUUAGGCCCUAAUCUAUGGAUUUCACAUUACUAGGAAUACAGAUAUGCAUCUGUUGGUCAGAUACCUUAAAACAAAAAAUUGGCCUCACAAUGGGCCUCAGGAUCUCGUCACGGUAUUUCUGUGCAUUCAAAUUGCCAUAGACAAAAUGCAAUUGUUUUCGUUGUCUGUAUUUUAUGGCUGCCUGUACCAUACCGCCACCAUGGGGCACUCUGUUCACAACGUUGACAUCAGAAAACCGCUCGCCCACAUGACGCCAUACAUGUUGUCUGCGGUUGUGAGGCCGGUUGGACAUACUGGCAAAUUUUCUAAUACGACUUUGGAGGCAGUUUAUGGUAGGGAAAUCAACAUUAAAUGAUCUGGCAACAGCACUGGUGGACAUUCCUGCAUUCAGCAUGCCAAUUGCACGCUUCCCCAAAACUUCAGACAUCUGUGGAAUUGUGUUGUGUGACAAAACUGCACAUUUUAGAGUUUCCAGGUGCACCUGUGUAAUGGUCAUGCUGUUUAAUCAGCUUCUGUCAGGUGGAUGGAUUAUUUUGGCAAAUGAAAAAUGCUCACUAACAGGGAUGUAAUCACAUUUUUUGCACAAUUUGAGAGAAAUAAGAUUUAAGUGCAUAUGCAAACAUGGGACCAACACUUUACAUGUUGCGUUUAUAGUUUUGUUCAGUGUAAUGAUGUAUUAAUGACAUAGCUCUGAGCAUGUAUUUUAACAUUUUGUCCUAAUCAAUGACUUUUCAGAAUUGUGAACCAAUAUGUGGAUACUCUUGUGUCCCUACCUUUAAGUUUUUCUUCAUACUUUGUAAUUACUUACUAAAUAUAGGCCUAAUGUGUCUCAUAUUUUUUUUUAAGACUGUCGUUUUAAUUUAUAUAUGCAUUUUUCCCUGGUUGCUGUGGUUGCAUAUGGCCUACACAGAGGUUAUAUUCCAUGGACUGAUUGUGCUCCCGGUAAUUGCUUGCUGUGCACCAUUUAAUUGUGUUUAGAGAUUAUCAGCUGCAAUGAUCUUCCAAUAAAUGUUCCCCCUUUUGAAGUAGCUCGCGCGUUUUCCUUGCUAAUUCCCACCCCAUAUUUUCUCUCUCUCUCUCUCUCUCUCUCUCUCUCUCUCUCUCUCUCUCUCUCUCUCUCUCUCUCUCCACAGCGAACUCCGAUGCCCUCAAAGCCAUGAUUAAUGAAAACAGCAUUGACUCCGAUGGGUAAGUAGUCCCUCAUGUCUUCUCUCACUGCAAUACAACUUGGCACAACACUCUCUGCUGCUGCCUGCUCUAAUAUCAGCACUCGUAAAAUAUCAACUCUGAAAGUAACGCACAACUCUUAAGGUUGUCUGAUGUCAUUUCAUGUUAAGGGCUAUGAAAAUGUUCUAAAAUUCUACCAAAGGGAGAGUUUUUAGGGCUGGUUUCCAAGGAUACAGUUGGGUGUGAUUACUUUCUUAGCCACAAGAUGGCAAUGUUGUCUGUCUUUACAAUGGCCCCUGAUCUCAAGAGGUGUCGUUUGGUUCAGUGAAGUGAAUGCGGAAUUGAAUGCAAUAGGUCUCUCAGCCAUUCUUUGUGGUGUUGAUACAUUUGGAUUGAGGCCAGAACACCCAGGACUUUUGCGACUCACAAUGUUAAUAUAAUCAAAACAUGAUAUUGUCAUUCUGAUUGUGGACUCAAUGCACUCCAAAGUGAACAGUCGUUUCAUAGAGACUGAAAAGGAAAGUAUGGCUGCCUAAAUACAUUCACUCAGUAACCAGCUUAGGCUAGGUAACCAACCUGAAACCAACCUGAUUCAUAAUAGUGACAUGAUGCUCCCCUCUGACAGUUUAAUUAAGAUUAUCUUUGUCGCUGUUAAUGGUGAAUGGGUCCUACUUUACAGUUCAUAGACAGGGCCUCGUCCAUCAAAGAACAUACACACACGUCAAAGAUGAGACGUCUUUACUCUCCCCUGGUUGAUUAUCUGAAGAGCCAAAGAGCAACGCCGGCAGUCACGACCAUGAAUCAUGUACAAGGAGGGAUGAAUGUGGAAAGAGAGAGGAGGAAGAAAAUAAAGGUUGAGUGAAGUUACUUUUAAGUAACGGUGGGGAUGAAUAGAUCUUGGCGUGGCAGCGGCGAGGCAGGAUUAGGUAUGGGCAAGGCAUUGGGUCUUCCGGCAAAGUCCGCUGGACGGGACACCACUCAUUUCCCAACAAUGCUCCGUGCACCUCUGUCUGUCUCCGUCUGUCUCUAUCUGUCUGUCUUUGGCUCAAUCUCUGUCUUUCUCCCUGGUUCCUAUCUCUCUCUCCGUGCUACCCACUUCUGCCUCUCUGUCUGUCAGUCGGUCUGUCUCUAUUAAUGCCCUGCCCUUUCUCUCCCCCUCCUUGUGCUCUCACUCUCUCCCUCCCUCUCCCCCCUUUCGCUCUCUCGCUCUCUCGCUCUCUCGCUCUCUCGCUCUCUCGCUCUCUCGCUCUCUCGCUCUCUGUCAUGGUGGGCAGGCUUCCAGUAGAACACUCAGGGGAGGGAGAGGCCGGCUCAAGAGGGGUGACAGAGGGGGGUCAUUUAUGGAACGGGUAUAUUUUGCAAGAUAAUGGACACCAAAAUAAGCAUGGCGCUCUGAUUCCCGCAUACACAAACAGCCACUGCACAUGACCAUUAGGGACGCAAAAAGAAAAUAGACUCAAACGUCAAUUGAUGUUCGACAACUCAGACUCAUGUCGCAUGUGGCAAGGACUACAGACUAAAAAGGCAAAUCCAGCUGUGCUGUGCCCACAGAAGCCUCCCUCCCAGACCAGCUUAACACAUUAAAUGCUCGCUUCGAGGCAGACGAAACCAAGCCAUCCAGGAAGAUUCUUGUUGCUCCGGACGACCAGGUGCUUUCGCUCUCUGAGGCUGACGUGAGGAAAACUAUCAAUAGAGUGAAUGCUCACAAAGCUGCCGGCCCAGAUGGCAUCCCUGGCCGCAUCCUCAGUGUGUGCUGACCAGCUGGCGGGCGUCUUCGCUGACAUCUUCAGCCUGUUCCUGUCCCAGGCUGUAGUCCCUACCUGCUUUAAGGAGACCACCAUCGUCCCAUUGCCCAAGAAAAACAAGGUGACAUGCCCAAAUGACUAUCACCCCGUCGCACUCACCUCAGUCAUCAUGAAGUGCUCACAGAGGCUGGUCAUGGCCCACAUCAAGGCCAGCAUGCCAGGCACACUGUACCCACUCCAAUUUACCUACCGUUGCAACAGAUCCACUGACAAUGCAAUUUCCGUAACACAUCUGGACAAGAGGAACACCUAUGUGAGAAUGCUGUUCAUUGACUACAGUUCAGCAUUCAUCACUACUGUUGCCACCAAGAUCGACACCAAGCUUAAAUUUUUUACAUUUACAUUUUAGUAAUUUAGCAGACGCUCUUAUCCAGAGCAACUUACAGUUAGUGAGUGCAUACAUUUUUCAUACUGGAUCCCUGGGUCUGGACACCACCCUCUGCAACUGGAUCCUGGACUUCCUGACGGCAGACCACAGGCUGUGAGGAUUGGCAACAACACCUCCUCCACACUGACUCUUAAUGCAGGGGCCCCCCAGGGGUGUGUCCUCAGUCCUCUGCAGUACUCCCUGUUCACCCACGAUUGCGUGGCUUUGCAAGACACCAACUCCAUCAUCAAGUUUGCUGACGACAUCACGGUUGUAGGCCUGAUAACCAACAAAGACGAGUCAGUCUGUAGGGAAGAGGUAAGUUAACUGGCAUUGUGGUGUCAUGAAAACAACCUCUUCCUCAACAUCAGCAAAACACAGGAGUUGAUUGUUGACUUCAGGAAGCAUAGGAGGGAACAUGCCCGAUCCACAUCAAUGGGACUGCAGUAAAGAGUCACGAGUUUUAAGUUCCUCGGCGUCCACAUCACUAAGGAUUGGUCAUGGACCAACACCACCACCACUCUUGUCAAGAGGGCGCAACAGCAUCUCUACUUUCUAAGGCUGUUGAAGAAAUUCUGCAUGAUGCCUCAGGUCCUCUCCAAAUACUACUGCUGCACCAUCGAGAGCGUCCUGACCGGUUGCAUCAGGGCCUGGUACGCAAGGCCCAGUACAUCACUGGGACCGUGAUCCAACCCAUCCAGGACAUCUACUCGAAACGGUUCCUGAGGAAGGCACGCAGCAUCAUCAAGGGCCCCACACACCCCAGCCACGAGCUGUUGUCUCCCGUAUCGUCGGGCAGACAGUAUCGGCGCAUGAGGUCUGAUAUCAAUAGGUUCCGAGACAGACAGUUUCUAUCUACAAGCCAUCAGACUGCCUAAAACUUGAACUGGACUGACCACCUGCUCUGAUUCUCCGCACCUUAGCACACAUCUCACUAACUCAUGCACAGACCCACACAGACAUAUAUGCGCGCGUGCACACACACACACACACACACACACACACACACACACACACACACACACACACACCAGAACUACUGCUACCAGACUCUUAUUAUACUGCUCAAUUUAUACACUUGCCCCCAUCCCCCCCUUCUAGGGCAUAACAUGUACUUUUUGGUCCACCAGCCACUGUGGCAGGUAGAUAAAAAAAAAUCUACCAGCCACUCAGAUUUCUUAUAUAUAUUUUCCCUGCUAAAAUUACACCAACAAAACACAAAAAAAUGGAUGAGCAUGCUUUGUAAUGUUUCUAAAACAAUACAUUUAUUACUAGUAAGAAGUAAUGUGGUAUAUUGUUUAAUUUCUUUUUUUGUGACUUGAGUCUUUUAACCAAAAUAUCACAGAUGAGACAAAUGUUUCACCUGCCCUUUUAAGAGUGGGAGGUUACCUUGGUAAUGCAACUCGAGUCAUGUUUCUGCCUGUGAGAUUGAGUCUGACUAGUACAAGCAUUGUCUUCUCUUCCCUAGCAGUUGAAACUAAAACAUAGAAAAACAAACUAGCUUGUGAACAAAACAAUGUAAAUUGGCAAGAAACACAAGGACAAAGUCUCACUUCAAUAUACUUUUGUUUCAAGUACAUUUAGACCAACAUUUAUGCCUGUGCGCAUUGCUUCUAAAAAUGUAUUGAUGUGCGCACAGCCCCCAGCCAGGCAGUGUUGCAGCGCGAGGUGGAAUAGGCUAUAGCUAUAGGAUUCGUAGUUCUUUGACUUUGUGCGAUUUUAAUUUACCAGCUAUGAAAUAAAACGGCAGAAAUACUUUGAAAACGGCUACUGCAGCAUUUAUUUGACUAUAAAUGUGAUCAUAGUUGACUAUUUCUAUUCACAAAUGCGAGUGAAAUGCUAGCACUGUGGAGCCCUGACAAUCCACCAACGUGGUUGGUGAAAUAGACAUCUUACCCGCCAAUGCCAAAAUCUACCCGCAUUUGGCAGGUGGCAGGUGUAAAUCUACCCGCAUUUGGCAGGUGUAAAUCUAUAACACACAUUUCUGUGAAUUUGGUCGGGUCCCACAAAAAGUGACAUAUUGCAGCUUUAAUUAUUGGUCAUAUUUCAUAGAAAUGUGGAAAACACUGGGCAGUUACUUUAAGGCAGGACUCCUGCACUCUCUCACACACUCCUUCACAUUGUGUAUAUAUACACACACACACUCACACUCUAAUAAUAAUUUCUUUAUUGUGUCCCUUUUGGAAAAAGUGUCUUGCAUCUCCUCUCAAACUCAACAGCACAGUAUCACCACAUAUAGUACACUCUCGCACACUCCUCCACUUUAGGUCUCCCUAGGACAAACCUGAAUAAUAAAGCCUUAAUAAUUUAAACAAGAGAGUGCAGCCGGCUUGAAAUAGUACAGUACAGAUACACUCUGUCCAAUUACUAGAGCAGGGGUUGUCAUCUCCGGUCCUGGAGAGUGCCGCAGGGUUUUUGUUCCAGUCCAGCACUGAAUCCCAUAAUUCCCACAAAUAAACUGAUUUGGAUUAGUGGAAUCUGGUAUGUUAGUGCUGGGCUGGAACAAAAGCCUGCACUCCAUGUAGCUCUCCAGGACCAAGGUUCAUGAUCAUGAAUACUAGAGUCUACUAGAGUGUCUUCUAAUAAGGUCAGAUUAUUUUCUUCUGGUUUACAGUAAACCUUUCGUUGUUGUGAGAUUGUCUGCCGAGCGUAUAUCACCAGUGUGCUGGAGUAUCUUCCUUUUUUUCUUCUUAACCCUUUCAACCUUCUUUCCCUCCACAGCCUACCACUGACUCCAACCUCCCCCACCCCCCGGUGACUCCUAUCUCCCCCGGGUCCCCGCCGGGGGCGGCCAAACACACCUGCAAUCACCUACACACCAUCGGAGGCACGGAGGGUCUCAAGAACCGCUGCAACCACAAGAAGUGGCCCCUGAUAACGCACGUGUCCAGCAAGAGGAGGAGCCAAGGAGUGGUCACUGUGCUGGCUGUGGGGAGGUAGGAGAGAGAGAGAGCGAGAGAGAGCGAGAGUGUCUGAGAGACAGGAAAGGUGGUGGUGGUGGUGGUGGUGAUUGUGUCAGUAUAAAGGUUUGUGGAUGUGCAUGAUUUUUUUCUCACUGAGAGAGACUGCCCAGUUCAAGUGAAUGAGUGUGUAUCAACAAUCCUCCACUUCUCCCUUCCUGUAGAAUACCUGAUUUGAAUGAAGAGUGGCCUCUGUUUUAAUUUGCUCAUCCAGAUGAAUGGAAGCGUACAUCUGGGGUCGCGCUGACCUGGGAGGGAAUAUUCAUUACGUGAUUUAAUUGAAUCUGUCAAGUGCCAGGGAGUGUGAUGUUAUGGGAUCCUCAGUGAGAAUCAUAACAUAGCCCCCGGGUCAGGCAGGAAUACAUCUUAAAUAACAUCACACUAAUGUCACUAUUGAUCAACUCUGACUGUAAUAUCAAUGUUAGGUUAUGGUUGAUUGGCAUGUGAGGACCAUUUGUUAUGUUGAUGUUAAAGGCCCAGUGUAGUCAAAAAUUAGAUUUUCCACAAGUAUGAGGUUGGACUAAUACUGUGACGUUUUGAAAAUGAUGAUGAACCCUUUAAGUGUAAGAGCUGCUUGAAAAGACUGCCUGAAAUUUCAGCCUGUUUUGGUGGGAUGGAGUUUUGGCCUGCCUGGUAAAUUUUGUUAAUAGACCAAUAAGAAAGAGUUCCAAACCUCUCUGCCAAUAAGCUAGUUUUCCCUCCCCACUCAGACCACUCCCAGACAGUCUUAGCAAAAUUCUUGCUUGAGAAAUUACUCUUUGCUAAGAAGCUAUUUUUGUUCAUUUUUGAUCAUUUUAAUUUAAAACAAUCACAGUAAGGUACUUAAUUGUUACCCAGAAAUGAUUUGAUAUUGAGAUCAAAUCAGCUGCAUUGGACCUUUAAUAUACACUCCCCUCUAUGUAUUUGGACAGUGAAGCUAAAAUAAAAAAUGUGGCUCUAUAUUCCAGCAUUUUGGAUUUGAAGUAAAAUGUUUCAUAUGAGGCGACAGUACAGCAUGUUACAUUUUAUUUGAGGAUAUUUUCAUACAUAUCUGUUUUACCUUUUAGAAAUGAAAGCACUUUAUGUAUCUAGUCUCCCCCAUGUGAAGAAGUCAUAAGUAUUUGGACAAAUUCACUUAUAGUGUAUCGAAGUAGUCAAAAGAUUAGUAUUUGGUCCUAUAUUCCUUGCACACAAUGACUACAUCAGGCUUGUGAAUCUACAAACUUAUGCGUUUGGUUGUGUUUUUGCCCAAUAGUAACUAAAUGGUGAAUGGAGUAAUUUUCUAUCUUAAAUAUUUUUACCCCUUUUUCUCCCCAAUUUCGUGAUAUCUAAUUGGUAGUUGUAGUCCCCUGUAGCUCAGUUGGUAGAGCAUGGCGCUUGCAACGCCAGGGUUGUGGGUUCGUUUCCCACGGGGGGCCAGUAUGAAAAUGUAUGCACUCACUAACUGUAAGUCGCGUCUGCUAAAAUGAAAAUAGUUGCAUUCUUGUCCCAUCACUGCAACUCCCGUACGGACUCGGGAGAGGCGAAGGUCGAGAGCCAUGCGUCCCCCGAAACACGACCCUGCCAAGCUGCGCUGCUUCUUGACACACUGCUCGCUUAACCCGGAAGCCAGCCACACCAAUGUGUCAGAGGAAACACCGUACAACUGGCAACCGAAUUCAGCGUGCAUGUAUGUGCCCGGCUAGAGCGCGAUGGGACAAGGACAUCCCGGCUGGCCAAACCCUCCCCUAACCCGGACGACACUGGGCCAAUUGUGCGCUGCCUCAUGGGUCUCCCGGUCACAGCUGGCUGCAACACAGCCUGGGAUUGAACCCGGGUCUGUAGUGAUGCCUGUAGCACUGCGAUGCCACUCGGGAGGCCAGUAAUUUUCUUUCUAACUGAGUAGAUAAGAUGUUUCUGAACACUUCUAAAUUAAUCGUGAUAAUGCCAUGAUUAAGAAAAAUCAUGAAUCAUGAAUAAUGAUGAGUGAUGCCAUUCAGAGGCUACAACAAAACAUGCCAACUAGGCUUGGGCGGUAUACCAGGGUAUUUGGAAAUAGCCACGGGAUGGUUUUUCAAUACCCCCAAUAUCACUGAAACUAAGUUUCUCAACACGUUUUCAUAUUUGUAGCUGGUUUUUAAAUAAAUACCUGCAGUCAACUUGUGCUAUAUGUUAGGUGAUAAAGCAGAUCACAUUCUUCAUGUCACCUGUCACAUUAUUUUACAUUAUGAAGCUUACCAUAGUUCCCCAGAACAUGUUUGUUUGUUUGUUAAUAGCACAACGGGAGCAGGCGAGUCCAGCUGUGUAUUGACUGGGGUCGCGUUUUAUAUAUAUUUUUUUCAACAGAGUGAUCAGGGACGUGCAACUAUAGUGUUCCUUCAUAGAAAAUACAUUAGUGCAACACAUUCGGCAGAAAAUAGCUUCAUUUUCAUCAGAUGACAACAGAAGUGCAACGCUAUUUGGCUGGCAGCCACACAGUUAAAUGAGCUUACAAUGAAAAAGCAAGGUAUUUUUUGCUAUGUUUAUCAUAGAAAGAAUGUAGCCAGCUACAUUUCCUAAUGUUUUGCUUAAAGUUAAUCUUGCAAUCUACCAGAGAAUAGUAGACUGGCAACACUGAAAGAAGUACCUGAGAAAAGUAGCUACACAUCAAUCAGAUGCUGAUAGAAUGCUUGUUGUGAAUUCUCAUCCAGUGGAGAAGUGCAACUGAAGCACGAUAUUAGUUUGAUGCCGGGCAGAAAUUACAAUAAGAAGCAUUGUGCCCUUGAGCAAGGCACUUAACCCUAAUUGCUCCUGUAAGUCGCUCUGGAUAAGAGCGUCUGCUAAAUUACCAAUUAUUAUUAUUAAUUAUUAUCUGCGUUUAUAAAACGUAGGAAGAUAUUUCUUAUGCGUUUUAUAUUUUUUCCUGCGUGAGAAAUGCAGAAGUCUAUGUUAAAGCGACAAUAAGUUUAACUUGCUAGUUAUCUAAGUUACUGGCUGAAUUAUAAGGUGACGGGGCAUCAUAUUGUGUUAGCUUUCUGCCGUGUUUGAGAAGUCAAAGCCCUUUUGGAUGAGUUAUCUGUACAGCUGCCACUGCUAUCUUGAUUUUCUUGAUUUUUUCCCCCUCUCAGUUCUCUGCCCAUCUGCUCCUCCCCCCUCUUCUCCGAGCAGAGCUGGCAGGCCCUUUGCCCUAGCGAAUCCAGACUCCACACAGACACAGCGUGUACACAUGCUGCUACAGAGCCACUACUGUUCUUCCUUCAGACAAGUAUGCAUCAAAAGUUUGUUCAUUUGCACAAUGUCUCUUGUUCAUAUUCGCUUGUAAUGUCCAAACUCACCAAAAAUGACAUUCGGCAGCUCCUACCUUUUUAUAUUUUAAAUUUUUAGUCAUUUAGCAGACUUAAAGUUAGUGAGUGCAUACAUUUUUCAUACUGGCCCCCCGUGGGAAUCGAACCCACAACCCUGGCGUUGCAAACGCCAUGCUCUACCAACUGAGCUAUACGGGGCUAUAUAUCAGUUUCUAUUUGUUUUUUAUCGCCCAUUGAUUGACAGCAUUCAUUCAGGUAGAGACACAUUAGCACCUUGGGACCAAUGCUUUACACUCUACCCAAAAGCAUAAUCAGCACUCUAACUCCCCCUUGCGGUGGUCUGGAGCAAUGAAGCAGUGACGCAGGGUAACAUACUAAACCACAAAUUACCUCAAUGUCCCGCGGCAUAAUCUCGAAACGUUUAAUUGAGAAACCACUGUGUAACUUUGUGAGCUAGAUUGCCUGUCAUUUGCGCUCGUUACCAUGUUUAGCUAGCAGCCUCCAUGGAAAUGUGCUAUUACUUGUGCUAAUUUUGUUAGCAUUCUGGUAAUAGACGCCCAAUGAUAUUUUUUGCAUUUUUUGGAGCCCCCUUGUGUACUAAACCGGUAAUACUGUAAAUAAAGGAAUGAGAGAAGGGCGGUAUGAAGAUAUGAAAAUCUGGAAACCGCCCAACCCCAAUUCUAACCUCUCACCAAUAACAGGGGAGGUUAGCAUUUUGGGGGCUUAUGAUCUUUGUGCCUCUGUAACCUUCUCACUCAUCAUUAUUCACGAUUCAUUCAUGAUUAUCCAUAAUAAUGGUAGCAUCCAAAUGAAUGUAGAAGUGUUCGGAAACAUCUUAUAUUCUUAAUUACAACAAAAGUGAUUCCAAAAUGGCAUUAUUCACCAUUUCAGUUGUUAUUGGGCAAAACAUAAUCCAAAACAAACCCUAAAUGCAUCCAAAAAAGUUUGUAGAGUCAUAAACCUGAUGUAGUCAUUGCGUGCUAGGAAUAUGGGACCAAAUACUAAACCUUUGACUACUUCAAUACACAAUAAGUGAAUUUGUCCAAAUACGUAUGACUUCUCCAAAUGGGGGGACUAGAUGCAUAAGCGCUUUCAUUUCUAAAACAUAUGUAUAGAAAUACUCUCAAAUAAAGCUGAGAUUAUUUACUGUCGCCUAAUAUGUGUCAAGGGGUGCUGAAGGUGGGUGUGGUGCAGGAAUCAAGCGCAGGACGCAGAAGCUCAGUCCAAAAGACUUUAGUGAAAUAUUCACGUGGAAAAUAAGCACAAUAAGCCCGGAGGCGAAAUAACGGCGCACACAGGCGUCAAACAAACGGCGCACUAACAUGUGCGAAAACCUCUCCAAACACUGGAGGGAAGUACGUAGCUCAAACACCAAAACAGAAGAACAAUCACACACAAACACAGGCACACACAACGAGAACUAAAUAGGACACUAACGAGGACUAACUAGACACAGGUGUACAACAACAAGACAAAACCAAACGAACAUGAAACAUAGAUCGGUGGCAGCUAGUACUCCGGGGACGACGACCGCCGAAGCCUGCCCGAACCAGGAGGAGGAGCAGCCUCGGCCGAAACCGUGACAAUAUGAAACAUUCACGAAUCUAAAAUGCUGGAGUAUAGAGCCAAAAUGUAGCUUCACUAUCCAAAUACAUAUGGAGGGGAGUGUAGAUGUGAAUUGUCAGUAGGGGUUGAAUUGAGAUUUUAUAGGUAGAAUAUUAUCCAACAUGGGUUGAUUUUUAGGUGUAUUUAUGUUGUCAUGAUUCUCACUGCAUCUCUGCCUCUCCACAAUUUAACCCCUCAUUGCCAGUAGUUGCCGCUGUUGUACUCCUAAUAGUACUUAUUCUUAACUUGAUUCCUCCAGUUAUUGUCAAUUGCAAGCAUGUUGGUGGCCAUGAUGUUAUGUCAGGUUCCGGGUGACAAAGUGUGACAAGGAAAGGCCUGCCAGAGAAAGGUGGACCCUGCUCAUAACAGACUCCAACGGGAGCAUGCCUACAUCGCCAACGGAGACAGAGCCCCCCAAGAGCAGGACCACCUCAGUCACAACAGGUCAGUCUGAGGAUGAUAUUCAAUUAAACUUUAUCACCCGAGUUCACGUAAAUGUUUUGAUUCAAAAGGCUCAUAGUGUCAUAGUCCAAACAGGAAAUGAGGCUGAAUGAACUGUUUCGCUGCCAGACAAGGCUCCGUUGAUAGCCAGGUGUAGCGGUGGUAAGGAUUCACUCCAUGGUGCUGAAAAGGAAGCUCUUCUGUUGGGACAGCUUUAUGUAGGCCAUAACAGUUUGUGGGCACCGUUUGUCACCGUUUAUAGUACAAUUAAUGUAUUGUUUAGUGUUGUGUUGUGGCUUUGCUGGCAUGCAUCGAAACAUUUUUAAAACGUUUUCUCCACCAAGAUGUACAUGCUAAAAUCGCCACUGCCGACACCAACUUAUAUUUACUGUGUUAAUGACAGGAGGUAAUGUUGUGGACUGGUUUAUGAAUGUCACGACAUUGUCACUACCAGUGUCCUGUCAUGUGUAAAUUGUAAUAAUACUGCAGGGGUGAUUGUAUUUCAAGACGUUGACAAUGACGUUCUGCAUGUAGUGGAAAAAUACCUCACAACAAUAGAAUUGGAGCAUUCAUUAUAGUAACUAUGCUUAAAACACCACUCUACAUCACCGCACCCAUGGCUAUAGACAUUAGACAUGUUAGCUAAUACUAUUCUACCUUACUGUACACGCACGCAUGCACCCACACACAGGGGGUAAACAGUAGUUGGGCUUAAGGGUAGAAAGCGUCAGGUUGAAAACAAUCCCUGAGUGGUGAGAGAGUACAGGACAUGGGAUAGCAACGAGAGGACCUUGAGCAAAUAUUGACUCUAGUCUUGUUUGCCCUCGCUCUUACCUUGGACAAACUGGUGACACCCAUGCUUGGUUAUAAUAUCUAUCCUUCUCCCUAUUCUCUCCUCUCUCUUUUUCUCUCUGUUCAAUUAACUAAGUUCACAUGAUAUGUUAUGGGUACAUAAUCGCAAUGGAAGUAGCAAGAGGAUACUAUUAAAGGCCCAGUGCAGUCAAAUGUGAUUUUCCUGUGUUUUUUAUAUAUAUUCCCACACUAUGAGGUUGGAAUAAUACUGUGAAAUAGUGAAAAUUAUGAUAAUGCCCUUUUAUUGUAAGAUUUGUUUGAUCUAGAGUUCCAAACCUAUCUGCCGAUAGGUUUUCAGUUUUCCCCUCCCCACUCAUAUCACUCCCAGACAGUCCUAGCAAAAUUCUUGCUUGAGAAAUUACUCUUUGCUAAGAAGCUAUUUAUUUUCACAUUAAGUUACUUAAUUGUUACCCAGAAAUGAUUUAAUAUUGAGAUAAAAAUGGCUGCAUUGGAUCCUUUAAAUCAACAACACUGAAAUAAUGUUAGGAAUAAUGUCUCUCUUUCUCUCUCCCUCCCUUAUGUUGCAGGCUGCUCAGUGCUGCGUGCUGUGUUCAUAAGGUUACUACAUAACAUGUGGCUCCUGU